CGUGGACAAGCAGGAACUCAUCAUCUGAAGCCGGUUGAAAGCGGUUUUUGUACAUUUUCCAUUUAUUCUUAAUCAGACAUCCUUAAAAGCAGUGACGUCUCUGUCGCAUUAGGUUUUAAAUACGAUAUAUCUAUCCGACGUUAGUGCUUAAGGAAGAACGAGAAAAUUAUUAUAUUUUACCCCGCGCGCGCGGAAAGCGGCUACGGGAAGUUGACUGGGCGGGCUUCGGUGUCAAAAAGACUUAAAAUCGACAUUUCUUGACGAAUUUGUUUGAGUGGAAUGAUCUACCAUUCACCCACCGUGUCUGUUGCACAAUGGAUGUCCUCUCUGUCUGCCUAAUCGCCCAAGACAAAACAACCUGUAACAGAUCUAGUCUAUUCAGGGGAUAGCAAUAGGCCCUCACUCCACUUUCUCCCUUGACGUUAUACAUCAGUUUAGAGCAGAGCAGUACAGAUUCUUUCUCUAGUGUCUGAACUGCUUUGAUUUGCUGGUUUAGUGAAGGGUGAAGGUCGGUCUGAGGCAGAAAAAAAAAUUAAGUUUACUCUAGUACCUCAAUUAUCUGGGGAGAAAAAUCCAGUGUGCUGCUUAAAGUUAUUUAUUUAUUAAUACGUUGUUUCUUAUCCCUGUAAAAUAGUGAAAUUCUUUUGUUUUUGUUACUUGAAAUCCAUCUCACAGAAUGGUGUCGACAACUGUGGCCACGAUAGCACUCGUGACCAUUGGUUAUGCUGCAAAUUUGUCAGAUUAUCUUUGGCUCCUAGUGGUAGGCUUUAUCAUAGCUUUUAUUCUGGCCUUUUCGGUGGGUGCUAACGACGUUGCCAACUCAUUUGGUACGGCGGUGGGAUCAGGUGUAGUUACCCUUAGACAGGCUUGUAUUCUUGCUACUAUCUUUGAGACCCUGGGCUCCGUGCUGUUAGGAGCCAAGGUCAGCGAGACCAUCCGCAAAGGCAUUAUCGACGUGAACAUGUACAACGGCUCGGAAUAUAUGUUGAUGGCUGGCUCAGUCAGUGCUAUGUUCGGCUCUGCUGUAUGGCAGUUGGCGGCCUCUUUUCUGAAGCUUCCUAUUUCUGGGACUCACUGCAUCGUGGGAGCUACCAUAGGCUUUUCGCUGGUCGCCAAAGGUCAGCAAGGAGUCAAAUGGCUAGAGCUGCUUCGAAUUGUUGCUUCAUGGUUCCUUUCUCCUAUCCUGUCUGGCAUCAUGUCUGCCAUAUUGUUCUACUUUGUUCGUAUGUUCAUCCUGCAAAAGAAAGAUCCAGUGCCCAAUGGUCUGAGGGCCCUGCCUUUCUUCUACGCAGUUACAAUGGGAAUCAACCUGUUCUCCAUCAUGUUUACUGGAGCACCGAUGCUGGGCUUUGAUAAGCUGCCCUGGUGGGGAGUGCUGCUCAUUUCCAUCGGCUUUGCCAUCAUUACAGCCAUCUUUGUUUGGUUUAUCGUCUGCCCUCGGCUCAGGAAGAAGAUCGAAUGUCAAAUUAAGUCUUCCAGCCCAUCUGAGAGUCCUCUGAUGGAGAAAAGUGAACUGCUUGAUGCUCACAAUCCCAUCCUGAAGCCUGUCCCUGAGGAAUCAAGUGUUGCCCUUUCCUCUAACACCUCUCCACCUCCUGCCCAUGAGGAGCGCAGGGUCACCUUUGACAUCGGUGAUACAGAUGACGCCGAUCACAAAGACUGCAAAGAAUCAGAAACGAGCAAUGUUCCAAAGAUGGCCCAGGUUCACUUCACUACUGGUCCUCCUCAAAUUCCAAGCAACGGUUACACUCAGUACCACACGGUUCACAAGGACUCUGGCCUCUACAAGGACCUGCUGCACAAGCUCCACCUGGCCAAAGUUGGAGACUGCAUGGGCGAGGGCGGAGACAGGCCUAUUCGCCGCAACAACAGCUACACUUCCUACACCAUGGCCAUCAUCGGCAUGCACGGAGACUUCAAGCCCAAGGAAGCUGACUUCCGCGCGUCAGAAGAUGGAGACAAGGAAAAGGCCGGCGCGCAGGAACGGAAGCGUGUCCGCAUGGAUAGCUACACAAGCUACUGUAACGCCGUGGCGGAGAACGGUACACCUGACAGUAUUGGGGAGGCAGAGGUCACCUUGGAGGUGGUCGACGAAGAUGCUGGGAGCAGCCGUAGUUCUUUGGAGGAAGACAGAGCGGAUGCUGACAGGCCCGAGGUGUCGAUGCUCUUCCAGUUCCUGCAAAUUCUCACUGCCUGCUUUGGCUCCUUCGCUCACGGUGGAAAUGAUGUCAGUAAUGCAAUUGGUCCUCUGGUUGCUCUGUGGCUGGUCUAUGACACCGGCAAUGUUAUGUCAAAUGCACCAACUCCAAUCUGGUUGCUUCUGUAUGGAGGAGUGGGCAUCUGCAUCGGUCUGUGGGUUUGGGGCCGUAGAGUCAUUCAGACCAUGGGCAAGGACCUGACCCCCAUCACCCCAUCUAGUGGUUUCAGCAUUGAACUUGCCUCAGCCGUCACUGUCGUGGUAGCUUCCAACAUCGGUCUUCCAGUUUCCACCACUCACUGCAAGGUCGGGUCAGUGGUGUCUGUCGGUUGGCUGCGCUCCAGGAAGGCCGUGGACUGGCGUCUGUUCAGAAACAUCUUCGUGGCCUGGUUUGUCACAGUGCCUAUCUCAGGCCUGAUCAGCGCUGCCUUAAUGGCUCUGUUCUACUACGUCAUUCUACCUACACCUCCGUGAGGGACCCAGUGAAGAUGCAACCAGGAGCACCAGAGAGAGUUGGAGAGCGUUUCUCAUAUCAGCCAUCUUUAUUUUUAUCAAUGUUUUCCAUUCAUUCCUUCGAUGGAUGGGGAAUGAAAAGCUUGUAAUUUUGGGCUGCAUCAUUUCCUGGUUGCAGUGCAUACCCGUGCACCAGGUCACAUGCUGUGAGAGAAUAUAUCUUCUGUCAAACAAGAAAGGUGGCCAUCUGAAUUCUCGUGUACAUAGUCAAAAUCACCAUGUUGAUGUUUUUUAUGUAAUUAUGUACAGAACUACUAAGUUUUUUUUUAAGGUAAAAGAACAAUUACAAUACAGUACUAGCCUUUGUUUGACACAUUACAUUCAUAAUUGGUUAAAGGUUGCCUAGUUGAAGCAGUAUUUAGGUCCAGAUGAGUUUAGAUUUUGUUUGUUUACUGUACAUUUGAUAAACAUAUCAAUUUUUUUUACAAGCAGGCCUUACUUGUCGAAGUUGGCCAUAUGACUGUCAGAAAUAGAGCCUUAUCAAUUUUGAGAAUGUUGAUUUGCCAAAGGAAAUUGGUAGUUCCUUAAUAUGAUUUCGGUGAACUUUUUAGCAUGUCUUGUUUUAUUUUUACUUCAAGUUACACUACGGACCCGAGCAGCAAUCGAAGCAGAUACAUUUGAAAAGAAUUCGACCCCAAAGGCAAUUCUGUACUUGUUCUUUUAGCCCAUUGUAAUUAUUUGUAUCUUUCUUUAGUGGAAAACGUAUUUUCUGCACCACUGUAAUUGAGCUGUUAAUAUUUUGCCCAGCGUUUCUAAUAACAGGGACUAUUAUAAUAACGGACCAAGUCACGCGUGUAGGUACUCAAUUAAACAUUCAUUAACUCCACCUCAACAUCCGCUUCGAAGACUUAAGGCACGGAAUGUUUCGAAUCCUCUGCUGUAAUUACUAUGCUCUUAACGACUCUCUUAACUGAAAUGUGUUCCCAAAUGUUUGCUGUAGACAAUUAAUCUCCAUAUGGUGGAUUAUGUCCCUUUGUGCUCGGUGACUAUGUGCCACUUGUGUUGAAUACGGAUGAAGUGUUACUAAGAGACCCGAGCUCUGUUUACUAGAGGAACGUGUCCCAGGCUUAGUGCAGGGGCCAAUUGUAAUGAUCCUUUUUUGGAAUAUUAACUAUUGAUGUAAGUUAAUAACGAUCAGAAUUUCCCUGUCCAAAAUAGCGAUUUAUAUAAAGAAAUUCAGUUUUUGGCUAUCCUCAAGAAAUAUUAUUAUUUAACACUAAACAUUUUAAUUUCUACUAUAUCAAAAAGUACGAACGAGUCUCUUCUCUUUUGAGAGCAUUAUGCUAAUGCUUUGCUGUGGCAUAUCAGAAUGAGUAAUGCAGUGAAUAAUGGAGUGAAGUUUAUGCUGGAAAUGAGACCUUCACAAUUCCUGUAAAACUUGAUGGCAUUCUGCCUUCUCAUACAUACUUCUGUAGUACUGCAGAAUUAUACCAAUUCACACACAGUGUAUGGGUAUAUACAUAUGCGUAUGUACAUGCACAGGGUUGACAUACCAACCCCUACAGCAACACAAUAACUUUAAAUAAAUAGGCUAGGUGGUGUUAAAUGAUGCAUUUUUACUGGUUUGAACUGAAGCUUGUAGUAGCUCCAUUAGCAGUGUAAAACAUAAUUACAGUCCUUUGCAGGAUGUGAGGGAUUGCACUGCUGUGAUGUCACCUUUUGGUUGCUAAGCUUAACACAUUUAGACCUUCUAUAGUUGCUGUAGUUGCCUUAAGUUUUUUUGUUACCAAAGGAAAAAAAGGAUUGUUCUGUUGGCAGUUUGUAGCUUAUAUUGUCCUCAGUGGGCUUUGGGGAUGAAAUAAUAAAGUCUUUUUGAAUAUAA